GAGCUCUGCAUCCAACCCGCGGUCGCCGCCAACUUCUCUGGAUGGGACCAGAAGUUUCUACCCGGCCAGUUGCUGCCUCCCUUUAUCUCCUCCUUCCCCUUUGGCAGUGAGGAGGCUAUUUCCAGACUCUUCCAGCCCUCUCAGGCCACGUCACCCCCCUCCUUUAAUUCAUAAAGGUGCCCGGCGCCGGCCUCCCGGACACGUCGGCGGCGCGCAGAGCUCACCCUCCGGCGGCGGCCCAGUGACUCGGCGCCCGGGAGGCCCGCACCCCGGCACGCGGCACCAGCUUCCCCUCGGGGACCCCGCACCGCGCGCUCCGGCGGCCGCCGCCCCGGGCCGACCCCGCGCCCAGCAUGAGCGCAGCCACCCACUCGCCCAUGGUGCAGAUGGCGUCCGGCAACGGCGCCGGCGACCGCGACCCGCUGCCCCCCGGCUGGGAGAUCAAGAUCGACCCGCAGACCGGCUGGCCCUUCUUCGUGGACCACAACAGCCGCACCACGACGUGGAACGACCCGCGCGUGCCCCCCGAGGGCCCCAAGGAAACUCCAGCCUCUGCAAAUGGCCCUUCCCGAGAGGGCUCCAGGCUGCUGCACACUAGGGAAGGCCACCCUGUGUACCCCCAGCUCCGGCCAGGCUACAUCCCCAUUCCUGUCCUCCACGAAGGUGCUGAGAGCCGGCAGCCGUACCCUUUCCAUGCCUACACCCAGCCUGGGACGCAGCGAUUCCGGACUGAGGCCGCAGCCACGGCGACUCCUCAGAGGUCCCAGUCACCUCUGCGGGGAAUGGUGGAAGCCACCCAGCCAGAUAAACAGUGUGGACAGGCGGCAGCAGCUGCGGCAGCCCAGCCCCCCGCAUCCCACGGACCCGAGCGGUCGCAGUCCCCAGCGGUGUCCGACUCCUCGUCCUCGUCCUCCUCAACCAGCCUGCCCUCCUCUUCUGGCCGGGGCAGCCUAGGCGGUCACCAGCUGCCCCGGGGCUACAUCCCCAUCCCCGUGAUCCAUGAGCAGAACGUCUCCCGGUCAGCAGCCCAGCCCUCCUUCCACCAGGCCCAGAAGACCCACUACCCGGCUCAGCAGGGGGAGUACCAGACCCACCAGCCUGUGUACCACAAGAUCCAGGGCGACGAGUGGGAGCCCCGGCCCCUGCGGGCAGCAUCACCAUUCAGAUCGCCCGUCCGGGGUACAUCGAGCCGGGAGGGCUCACCUGCCAGGAGCAGCACGCCAGUGCACUCCCCCUCACCCGUCCGUGUGCACACCGUGGUCGACAGGCCUCAGCCAAUGGUCCGUCAAGAAUCUUCAUCUAUUCCCCAGCCUGAAAACAAACCAGAAAGUAAGCCAGGUCCAGCUGGACCAGAUCUCCCUCCUGGACACAUCCCGAUUCAAGUGGUCCGCAAGGAUGUGGAUUCUAAGCCUGCUUUCCAGAAGCCCGCAGCUCCCGCCGAGAAGGUGGAAGUGAAGGUUCCCUCCGCUGCGGUUCCUGGCCCUCCCAGCCCCGGCCCUUCUGUGGUUCCCUCUUCCCCUAAGAAUGUGGCUGCAGAAGAGAGGGCAGCCCCCAGCCCUGUCCCCGCUGAAACCGCACCCCCAAAGCCAGGAGAGGCUGAGGCCCCCCAAAAACAUCCAGGAGUUCUGAAAGUGGAAGCCAUCCUGGAGAAGGUGCAAGGGCUGGAGCAGGCAGUAGACAACUUCGAAGGCAAGAAAACUGACAAAAAGUACCUGAUGAUAGAAGAGUAUUUGACCAAAGAGCUACUGGCCCUGGAUUCGGUGGACCCUGAAGGACGAGCUGACGUGCGCCAGGCCAGGAGGGACGGCGUCAGGAAGGUGCAGACCAUCUUGGAAAAGCUUGAACAGAAAGCAAUAGAUGUCCCUGGGCAAGUCCAGGUUUAUGAACUGCAACCCAGCUCCCUCGAAACUGAUCGGCCACUGCAGGAAAUCAUGGAGAUGGGCGCCGUGGCAGCAGACAAGAGUAAGAACAGCUCUGGAAAUAAAGAAGGCCCCCAAACUGAAACACCGCAGCCAGAAGUCAAAGCAGCAGCCACUCUGAACCCCACCAGCACGAUAGACACAGCUGGUAACCCAGCAGCACCAUAGUCCCUGCUAAAUAAAAAUCAGACCCAAAGACUUGGAACUGAUUGUAUACUUUAGGGAAUUUUCAGUUGCAUGCGUUUCAGGGACUUUAAAUCAGUUGGUUUUUACUGUUCGUAGCUGCUUGGUAUGCAGGAACAAGUUGGGUGGAGGAAAAACACUAAUAAAAGGGCUAAAAGGAAAAUGAUGCUUUUCUUCUGUAAUCUGAUUCUGUACAAAUAAAGAGGUUGCUUGUUGUUUCAAAAGUUUAACCCCUUGCUUGUUGUUCUGGGGCCCUCUUUGCACAGUUCCCACGUGUUAGCAGCUGUAGCUGUGAGCUGUCUUCCUGUGACUCUAGACUGAAAGAUGUUGAGGGGUUAGACGAGGAGUCAAUUUCCCAUCACAUAAGUACCAAACCUGUUUUUCAGAAAUGUUGGCAUUUUAAUGGGGUGAUUUUCAUCUCAUAGUUAAAAUACCUAACUUUAGACAAUAAAACAUGUAAGGAGCUAUAUCUGUAUGUUUGAUGACUUUCAUGCUACGUUUAAAAAAAGGAAAAUAAAGUAACAAUUUAACUCAA